AUGGGAGGUGAGGGUCUGGAUGCGGAAGCACCAUUGACGCUCCGUGCCCUGGUCUCAACCAAGGAGGCUGGAGUGAUCAUCGGCAAGGCUGGGAAAAAUGUGGCCGAUCUUCGAGAUCAGACUGGCGUCAAGGCCGGCGUCUCCAAGGUUGUUCAGGGUAUCCAUGACCGUGUGCUGACGGUUACCGGUACGAUCGAGGGCGUUGCCAAGGCCUUCUCUCUGAUUGCUCAAACCCUGUUGGAAAACCCUAUCACGUCCUCGCCCCCCACCACACCCGUCAACCCCCUCCGUCCUGUCGCCCAGACAUCCUCGAUUCGCCUGUUGAUCUCGCACAAUUUGAUGGGAACCAUCAUUGGUCGUCAGGGAUUGAAGAUCAAGCAUAUUCAGGACGCAUCUUCGGCUCGCAUGGUCGCCUCCAAGGAAAUGCUCCCGCAAUCGACAGAGCGCGUAGUCGAGGUCCAGGGAACGAUCGAUGCGAUCCGCAUUGCCAUUUACGAGAUUGGCAAGUGCCUUGUCGACGACUGGGAGCGGGGAGUCGGCACUGUUCUCUAUAACCCCUCGGGAGCGACACGCACGGCUGGAACUGGAACUGGCAGCUUUGCGCCAGCGCAGCCAACCAGCACCGGAACGCGCUCGAAUUACACAUCGCGCACUGGCAACGGGUCGGAUUUCACGCGCCCGCGCGAGGCAUUCGGAGGACAGGCGAGCAAUGCCAACCUCCGCACUCAGGAGAUCUCUAUCCCUGCUGACAUGGUCGGUUGCAUCAUUGGAAAGGGCGGAUCCAAGAUCUCAGAGAUUCGCCGUCUGUCUGGAUCGCGUAUUUCGAUUGCAAAGACACCCCACGAUGAGACUGGCGAGCGCAUGUUUACGAUUGUUGGAACGAUGGAGUCGAACGAGAAGGCGCUCUAUUUGCUGUAUGGACAGCUCGAGGUCGAAAAGGACAAACGCUUGAACAUGAGUGCCGACCAUAUCGAGGACGACGAGGAGUGA